AUGGCUACCAUUGUCCCAAGGGGGAACACUCUUGGCAUGGUAACGCAGCUGCCGGAGGAAGAAGAUGUGUACAAAGUCUCAAGGAAGAAGAUGCUGGCCAAAUUGGACAUACUCAUGGGAGGCAGGGUGGCUGAGGAGCUUAUGUUUGGAGAGAGCGAGGUGAGCUCUGGCGCCGUGUCUGAUCUAAGCGAGGCGACUAAACUGGCCAAAGAUAUGGUCACCAAGUAUGGUAUGAGCGAGCUGGUCGGCCUUGUUUCCUACGGCAACGACAAUGAUGGUGGCGGCGGGAAGAAGGCGGCGACUGCGAGUGGGCAUACGAUGGCUCUGGCCGAUGAGGAGGUGAGAGAAUUGCUUGCCAAGGCUUACAAGAACGCGAAGAAGAUAGUCACGGCGCGCAGCAAGGAGCUUCAUGUGCUAGCCAAUGCCCUUCUCGAGCACGGAACUCUCACCGGAGACCAGAUAAAUGAACUUGUAUCGUCAAGUAAUUAA